AUGUCUUUCCUCGGAGGUGCCGAGUGCUCGACUGCGGGUAACCCGCUCACCCAAUUCAAAAACCAUGUUCAGAGUGACAAUACCCUCCAACGGGACCGCCUUGUCGGCCGGGCUCAACCAGGGCUCGAAGAGAGCAUGCGCUCUCGAAUGACGCCGAAUGGUUCUGAUCAGAUGAUGAACGACUUCAUGCAACAAUCCGGGAUGCCCCAGCCCUUCGCGAUGGAGCAACUUCGACACGACCUCCCCAGUCUUCAGGGCAUAACGCGGCGAUCACCGUCCCCCGGCUGGGCCGCAGAGUUCGACCCGGGUGAACAACAAAGAAUGGAGGCUGCCUUUAUGAACCCAAGACUCAACGGUCAGAGCCAACCGGGGUUUUCGCCGCAGGAAUUUGCUCGCUUCCAACAAGCCCAGGCACAACGAACCGCAAGCCCUAUUAUGCAAACGCCUUCCAUGAUGAACAGUUACCAGAGCCCGAUGGGUAUGGGAUAUAUGGGCGGCAUGAACCUCGGGAUGAACUUUGGAUCACUGCACAUGCAACACCAGCCUGAACAAACAACAGACAAGGGGAAGGGACGGAUGGUUGAGCUCGAUGAUGCCAACUGGGAGGCCCAGUUUAAAGAGCUUGAGUCACAGCAUGAUAACCUCUCAGAUCAAGCCAACGAGGCAAUAAACAGACAACUUGAGGAAAUGGACAGAGAAAUGGAAGAAGAAUAUCUCAAAGAUGACCCUUACACUGCUGAGGACCUGGCAGCGUGGGAAAACUUCGACUCCACGAUGGGAUUAAAUUCGCAUCAUCCUUUCGAGCGAGAGCCAAUGCUCGGAGAUUAUAUGUUUGAGUCACAGAAUCCCUUCCUGGAAAAUAACACGAGUAGGUCGGCGUUUGAGCAAGGGAAAGAGAUUCUUGAAUCGCACGGCAAUCUAUCACUCGCAGCACUGGCAUUUGAGGCUGCCGUGCAACAAGACCCCAACCACGUCGAAGCCUGGGUUUUACUAGGCGCAGCUCAAGCCCAAAACGAGAAAGAGUCACCAGCAAUCCGUGCUCUGGAGAAAGCAUUGGAGCUCGAUCCCCAAAACCUCGAUGCUCUGAUGGCCUUGGCUGUUUCCUACACCAACGAAGGGUAUGAUAGCACGGCCUACAGGACACUAGAGCGCUGGCUAAGCGUUAAAUACCCUCAAAUCCACCCUCCCGAGAAUUUAUCAAGUCCCACCGAGCACGGCUUCACUGACAGAGCGAUCCUGCAUGAGCGAGUUGUGGAUCUUUUCAUCAAGGCCGCUCAACUGUCGCCUUCCGGGGAGCAUAUGGAUCCCGACGUCCAGGUUGGACUUGGUGUCCUCUUUUACGGCAACGAGGACUUUGAAAAGGCUGUUGACUGCUUCAAGGCUGCUCUUGCAUCCACAGAGAGCGGAAUGGUCAACCGGGAGCGCGAAGUCCACCUGCUGUGGAAUCGACUAGGCGCGACGCUGGCCAAUUCUGGUCGAUCCGAGGACGCGAUCACGGCAUACUGCAAGGCGUUGGAGGUCAACCCCAAUUUCGUUCGAGCGCGAUACAAUCUGGGCGUGUCAUGCAUUAACAUUGGUUGUUACCCCGAGGCAGCUGGGCAUUUAUUGGGGGCUUUGAAUCUACACCGAGCUGUGAGUGAGCAGGGUCUAGACAAAGCCAGGGAAAUAGUCGGAGACGGCAGUGGCGGCAUCUCAGAUGCCGAGCUGGAGAGGAUGAUACACCAAAACGAGAGCACAAAUCUCUACGACACUCUAAGAAGAGCAUUUACAGGCAUGGGAAGACGGGAUUUGACAGAGAAAGUUGGAGUUGGCAUGAACCUAGAUCAGUUCAGGGGCGAAUUUGAGUUCUGA